CCCGUACUUGGGCGGGGCGCGAGCACUACUGCUUGAACACCAACAGAGACAUUGGAAAUAGUUCCUUGGGUUUAUGUAGUGAAAUGUAUUCGUUUUAAGCAUUAUUUUAUGUUUGGUUUCUUAAAAACUUGCUCUGCGUCGUAGCUGUUUAUAUAAUACAUUUAUAUAUAUAUAUAAUUUCUCUGGCCAUUUGUGUGUUUUCGUUAAUUUUGCGAAAAACACAUGCUAAUAUUAGCUAGCUAUAUUGGCAACAACAAACGUAGCUGUUUUAGCAUCACACUAUAACAUUACAAUCAAUACCACAGACACUCUUCAAAGUUAAAGGCUGACAAGAUGGCUCUAUCUGCCGGUGGUGAAGGAGGAGAACCCGACGCUAUUGUAAAUACGUGUUUACUGGGUGGCUUCAGUGAGAGCCGAGAAGUCAAAGCCCUCCUCUCCACCCUGCCGCAGGUCCAUGGGGACCCUGUGAAGAGCGAGUCCACCACACAGAGGUUCUUGGUGAUAAUGAACAGAUAUCUAGAACAGCCAAAUCUCCUGGAUCCACACUUAGAGUGGAUGCUGAAUAUGUUACUGGAGUUUGUACGGAGUGACACAUCUCCCCCUUCAUUGGUUCAUUUGGGCUUUAAGUAUCUCUACAUCAUCUGCAAGGUCAGAGGCUAUAAAAUCUUCAUGCAGCUCUUACCCCAUGAAGUGGCAGAUGUCCAUCCAGUUCUGGACCUGCUGUCCAGACAGGAUCCCAAAGACAGUGAGACUUGGGAAACUCGCUUCAUGUUGCUUUUGUGGCUGUCCAUGACCUGCUUAAUACCAUUUGACCUUUAUCGCCUGGAUGGUGAUCUGGACGCAGAGAGUGGCAAGGCGAGAGAGUCCACCAUGGACCGCAUUCUAGCUAUUGCAAAGGCUUAUCUGCUUGUUAAAGAUAGUCCAAGGAACGCUGCAUCUGUACUGAUUUCAAAGUUCAUGACACGCCCCGAUGUGAAACAAAAGUGCCUUGGGGACUUCUUGGACUGGAGCCUCACCACCAUAUCUGAAACCGAUGACCAGUCAAUGGAAGGCAUCAUGGUGCUGGAUGGUGCUCUGCAGUCUCUGGCGAAGCUUUUCAAACAUGGCAAAAGGGAUGACCUCCUCCAGUAUGCUCCUACAAUCCAGCAGUGCCUGGAGAAGAAACAUCUAUCGGAGAGCAGUCAGGCCGUGCUGAGGAAGCUGGGUGUCAAAAUGAUCCAGAGGCUUGGCCUCACCUUUCUGAAGCCACGUUUAGCUGCUUGGAGGUACCAGAGAGGCAGCCGCUCCCUCGCAGCGAAUCUCUCUAUGUCCCAAAGCGAUGCAGUCACUGCUGCUGUUACUCCGGACGUGGAGACACAAGAACAGGAGGAGGACUAUGACAUUCCUGAGGAAGUUGAGACUGUUAUUGAGUAUCUUCUGGCGGGACUGAAGGAUAAGGAGACGAUCGUGCGCUGGUCUGCAGCAAAGGGCAUUGGGAGGGUGACUGGGAGGCUUCCCCAGGAGCUGGCAGAUGAGGUGGUUGGAUCAGUGCUGGACUGCCUCUGCUUCCAGGAGACCGACAAUGCUUGGCACGGAGGCUGCCUUGCACUGGCAGAACUUGGUAGAAGAGGCCUGUUGCUGCCUUCCAGAUUGACAGAUGUCGUGCCGCUGAUCAUCAAAUCCCUGACCUAUGAAGAAAAGAGGGGAGCAUGCAGCAUUGGCGCCAAUGUGCGUGAUGCUGCUUGCUACGUGUGCUGGUCUUUCGCCCGGGCCUAUGAACCCAAAGAGCUCGAGCCUUUCGUCACCCAGAUUUCCAGCGCUUUGCUGAUCGCAAAUGUGUUUGACCGAAAUGUCAACUGCCGGAGAGCUGCCUCUGCUGCCUUCCAGGAGAAUGUUGGAAGACAGGGGACAUUUCCUCAUGGGAUUGACAUCUUAACUGAAGCCGACUACUAUGCUGUGGGGAAUCUCAACAAGUGCUAUCUGAGCAUCAGUGUCUAUGUAGCCAGUUUUCCAGAGUACACCAAGGCCAUGAUAGAUCAUCUGAUAGCCAUGAAGAUUAACCACUGGGACUCCGCUAUUCGAGAGCUCUCCGCUAAAGCACUCCACAACCUGACGCCUCAAGCACCUGAAUACAUGGCGACAACAGUGUUGCCGCAGCUGUUGCCCAUGGCAGUGGGCAUUGACCUCCUUGGUCGGCAUGGAGCCAUCCUGGCAUGUGCAGAGAUCGUGCACGCUCUGUACAAGCUAGGCCUUCAGACCAACAGGAUUGUGGUUGACAUGAUUUCUCCUGAAUGUGUUGAUGCAUUGAAAAAUGUUCAUCAGUCGCUGCAUGACAGGAAACAGUACAGGGGUUUUGGUGGAGAGCUAAUGAGGCCAGCAAUGUUCAGUCUCAUAGAAAAGCUGUCCCUGUCCAAAAUGCCUUUCAAGAACGAGCCUGUGAUCGCUGGCUGGCAGUCUCUCAUCGAUGACACCAUAAAGACUCUUCAUUUUAUUUCUAGUGGCGCAAAGGAUAGCAUUAUGACUGCAGCAGUACAGGCCUUGUCUGCCUUGUGUGAGGAGCACUACCAGGCCGAACCAGGAAAGGCUGACACACAAAUGCAGGAUGUCCUGGUAUCUCAGUACAUUGAAGGGCUGAAGAGUCCUCAGAUGCUCACGCGUUGUGGAUCUGCCCUCGCUCUCGGCUGUCUGCCAAGAUUUAUGAUCCAUGGUAAACUGAAGCAGAUCCUUGAAGGCCUUCAGCAGAUGUGCGCCGUCAGCCAGAAGAAGGGAGAGUUCACUGAGGCAAGGAGGGAUGCAGUUAAAGCCAUUUCUCAAGUGUGUGCCAAGGUGGGUGUUGGCGCUCACAGCUCCCCAGAUUCUUUCCUUUGCUCUGAGAAUGUCGCAGAGGUCUAUGGCACUCUGCACGGCAGCAUGAAUGACUACACGGCCGAUAGCAGAGGGGACGUAGGGGCUUGGGUGAGAGAGGCAGCAAUGACCAGCCUGAUGGAGGUGACUUUGCUGGUGGCUGGCAGUGCUCCAGAGAUCCUUUUACCUGACCUGGUGAAGUGUACAAUGUGCUGCCUGGCCCAGCAGGCUGCAGAGAAGAUUGAUCGCUACAGAGCUCAUGCUGGAAACAUUCUCCUUCGCCUCCUCCACAGCACAGACCCUGCAGUACCACACAUCCCCCACAAAGAGGAGCUGCUGAGCAUUUUUCCUGCUGAGACCCUAACCAGUCUGAACUGGAAUGUUCCAUCCCAAGCUUACAAGUAUAUCACCCAGCUGCUGAGUCUGCCUCAGUAUCAGCACCACAUCCUGCUGGGCCUCACUGUGUCAGUAGGAGGGCUCACAGAGUCCACAGUUCACUUUUCAUCACAAUGGUUGUUCGACUACCUGAGAGUGAUCCAGCGUGACAAUGCGGCUCUCUCAGAGUUUGGAGAUUCUCUGCUGAGCGUCUUCAGAGACAAUCUUAAGAAUGACAGGGUGUCCACUCCUUUUCUUAAGAUGCUCAAUCAGAUACUUGCCAACAGCUGCUUUGAAAUCUUCACCACACAAGAGGAUCAUCCGUUCUGUGUGGACGUUUUGACUCUUUGCAAAGAGUCAAAGAAGGCCAAAGAUAUUUUCAAGCUGCAGGCCUGUAUAUCUGUCUUUUGUGGGCUGGUCCAGUUCCAGGGGGAAGUGAGGAAGAAAGUCUUGUCCCAGCUGUUGAUGAUGCUCUGCCAUCCCUUCCCAGUGAUCAGGAAGACCACAGCCAGCCAGAUGUACGAGAUGCUGCUGUACUACGAUGAUGUCAUAGAUCCAGAAGUGUUGGAUGAUGUCACUACCCUGCUAAGUGACACUAAUUGGGAGAGCAACCUCGCUACAGUCCGGCCCCACAGGAAUCAGCUUUGUGAUUUGUUGGGAGUCUCCCGUCCACAAGUGGUUGCCAAGAGUGCUGCCCUGGUUUCCUGAUCAUAAGAGGCUGUCAAAAACCUGGUUGUGGGCAACAAGCUGUAAGAGUAAAGACUGGACUGUUAGUGCUACUCCCCUGAAGCUGCCUUGUAUCAGGUUUUCAGAAAACACCACAUCUAACUAAAGAAUAACACUUCUAAAGAAAACUGCACUUCGACGGCUGCAUGUUAAAAAGCUGACGACUAAUAAAAGCACUAAUGUAUGACAGAGGUGGAAUAUUGUUUAAUGUUUUUAACAGCUGAUGCUUAACACCAUUAAAAGAUUUAGGUACUAGAAAUGGAAAAAUAAUAUUGACUCUUAAUGUUUGAUUAGAGCUGAAAGAAUAAUUUCAUUCUUCGAGGGUUUCAAAUGUUUGAGUUGUAAAAGUUCUGUACGUUCCCCUGAAUCAUUUCAAAGAAAAAGACCUUGAAUGUUUUGAAAAGUAAGAUAGAUCAUCAGGCCGGAUCAUCAUUCCUAACUGUUCCCGACUGUGAUUUUUUUGUUUUGAAUACUCACCAAGGAAUCACAGUCUGAAUGGUUGCCAUGACAAUAAAUAGACAACAGCAUCACA